AUGAAAAAAGGAUUACAAAUAUUCGGCGUUGUAUUACUUCUAGCAGCGACAGUUGUUGUAACUGUACUCAUUUCAAAUUAUGUACAUCAGCUUUCAAUGUCGAGUGGGACACCUACAAUACAAAAUACAGUUUCAAUCGCAAAUAAUAUCAGACAGCUUAUUAACACUGACAAAAUUCGCUCCAAUCUUCAUUCGCUCACUAAAAAAGCUCAUGUGGCCGGAACAGAAAACAACUUGCGAGUGGCUGAAAUUAUUCGAGAUCAAAUGAUCUCUCAAGGUCUCGAAAAUGUUCAUUUUAACGAGUAUAAUGUGUUGCUAUCAUACCCUGAUUGGACGACUCCCAACAUUGUUGAAAUACUCGAAGAAAAUGGAGAUGUAUUUUAUAAAACUACGGGACGGAGCAUAUCUAUUAUUGAAGAAGAACAGAAUGAUUUGGUUUCUGAAAUACAAUGGCUUGCAUAUUCGGCUGAUGGAACAGUUGAAGGAGAUAUUGUUUAUGUCAACAAAGGUACUCCAAAGGAUAUCGAGCAUAUAGAAUCGUUGGGGAUAGAUCUGAAGGACAAAAUUGUUCUCGCUAGAUACAGUUCUAACUUCCGUGGUAACAUAGCUCAAAUGGCCGUCAAAAAAGGAGCAAAAGCAUGUCUUCUCUACUCAGACCCUAUGCAAGUAGCAAGUCUUGGAACCGGACCAAAUAGUACAUAUGGAAGAACAGAUAAGAUGCCAUCACAUGCCGUUCAAAGAGGCACAUGCUAUGUUCAAUCAGGAGACCCCAGAUUGCCGGCAUUCCCUUCUAUAAAAAAUCUCUUCAAAGAAAAAUCAGAGCAAGAGUUGUUGGAUGGAAAAAAGAUCCCAACUAUUCACUACUUCCAAUUCCAUAUAGCGCAGCGCAAAUUUUAUUCGAAAAAAUGAAAGGAGACGCCGUCAUUGCAGAUUUUCAAGGAAAACUUGACGUCACAUACCGAUAUGGUCCGGGACUGAUAAAUAAUCAGAAACUUAGAGUAACUGUGCACGCUAAAAAUGAGGAACGAAAAAUUCAAAACGUUCUUGGAUAUAUAAAGGGAAGCCAAGAGCCGGAUAAGUUUGUGCUAGUGGGAAAUCAUUAUGAUGCUUGGACGUACGGAGCAGUAGAUCCAAACAGUGUCACAUCGACCCUCUUGGAAGUAACCAGAGCAUUAAAAGCAUAUCAAAAUCUUACAGGAUGGAGACCAGAUCAAUUCUGUUCGCUCAUUGGGAUGCUGAGGAAUAUGGUCUGAUUGGGUCCACAGAGUUUGCAGAGGAGCAUCGUACUCAGUUAAUGAGAAGAGCUGUUGCAUAUAUAAAUACGGAUAUGAUUGGAGGAAACCAGUCAUUACUUGCUAUGGCUAAUCCUACAGUUGUUAAUGUUCUUCGUGCAGCUGCAGCAAAAAUUUCACAUCCAAAUCCGUUAGAAAUAGAAAACGGAAGAGAGACACUAUAUGAUUCUUGGUAGUAAAAAGAAAACAUUUCUCCCUCACAAAACAAUAAUUCCUCACAUCCAUUUUACCAGCUUCCAGCAGGUGGCAGUGAUCAUUUGUCUUUCUUUAAUUAUUUGGGUAUUCCGAUGGUUUUCUUUGUCACAUCAUCAUUGGACAGCCCGCCUGUUUAUCCCCUCAUAUCAUACAAUUUACGAAACACCCUAUUUGAUAGACAAUAUUCUUGAUCCAGAGUACAAGAUGCAUAAAGCUAUGGGCGAGAUGUUAAUUGAGUGCAUUUUAAACUUUUCGGAAAGCAGAAUUCUUCCUUAUGACUUAAAAGAGUUAAUGGACAGAGUUCUUGAUGAGUAUUUCCCGAGAAUACAACAACACAUUAAUAAGGCUCAGACUUUUGAAAACAUUUCUGAGUACUUGACUGAGCCCCAGAAACAGUUUGAACUGUUAGAAAAGACAGCAAAGAUUUGAAAAAUGUUUCAUAAACCCGCAUGGUAUCCUUGGAGAUCCGCAGAGUCGUCAUGUGCUCUUCCGCCCGAGUGCGGACAACUGGUAUCGUGGAAACGCAAUCUCUCAAGUACACAGCUUGAUAUCAAAAAUGGAAACUUCAGUAGACGACGAAGAACUCUUAAAAUAUUCUAAGCAAUUAUCCAAGGAGAUUGCUUUUGUAAAUGUUGCAUUCAUUUGCGCGAAACAUUCCUUAAACGAAUUUUUUACUUUGUGA